UCUGCGUCUGCGAUCUAUGACGAGUGAAUUGAAAGACUUAGCCUUAUCGUACGAAUGGUGUUAUAGUUUAUUAUACAUAAAAAGUCCGUGAGUCGACUACCUAUCUAAGCUGUUGUUUUUUUUGCGAUUGUGGUUAAUUUUUGCUUGUGCAAGAAGACGAAUAUUUAUACAGACAAAAAUGGGUUUGUUAAGGUUUGUCAUUAAAAGUAGCAUAGCAGGUGGUGUUAUUUAUUACACAAUAGAAGAAGGUCUGUGGUCUAGUCCAGAGGAGUCUGGAAAAUUAUACAACAAACUUUACAGCAGUAUUAGUCCAUUAAUCCAGCAAAACUUGCCUCGAGAAAUGGUUCAAGAAAUACAUACCAUACCGAGUCCUGGAGUUUUAAAAACAUGUGCAGCAAGCUAUUGGAAUCAAGGAGUUAUUGCAACUGUCGAUUUCGUAUCUAAAUUGCCAACCCACGUAUCCAAUGGCAUCGAAUGGGCCCAAAAAGAAAUAACGAAAAGUAGUUUAGCAACCAACGAUACGUCAAAAAUUACUGAAGUUAAAUAAACCUAAAUAAUUUUAAUUUAUUCUUAGGAGGAUCUUUUGCGAGAGAAUGAAAAUAGAGGAAUUUAAUUUAUUUUUGCGACCAAGAUAUUGUUGAAUUUU